CACUUUUGUCGUCUUAUAACAGGAUUUCUCACUGGCGCGAAAAAACGCAGUGCGAGGCUUUUCUUCCACGGAACAACUGUCUUGAUUCUUGUUUGCUAUCUUUACAAGAACUAACUCAGGGGGAAAGACACUCCCGGAUUGUCAAUGACCUGCAUUUCGCCACUCGGUUGAAAAGGAUUUUCAUAAGGAAUAAACCCCAAAGAGGAUUUUUUGUUGUCAGCCCGAACAAUGGAGUUGGACUGUUAUCAGCACUAUUUCUUCGAUGACUUUGAUACAGACGAGGAUUUCUACAAGUCGACUGCACCAAGCGAGGGCAUUUGGAAAAAGUUCGAGCUGCUGCCCACCCCUCCCAUGUCGCCCACCCGGACUCCGCAGGGCGGGGAUGGGUGGAUGUCGCCGGGAGACAAACUAAGUUGGUUGUCCAAGGUCCUGGGUCAGGACGACGAGUACGAGGGCGAGGAGCUGUUCGGCAACCUCAGCUCCAUCAUCAUUCAGGACUGCAUGUGGAGUAGUUUCUCUUCCAGCAAGCAGCUGGAUAAGGAGAGCGGGCGGCAGGCGGCACCGCCUCAGCGACCCGUAGCUCCCCCGGGUCCACAAGUCCACACGAGGCCGAGCAAAGCGCAGUGCGUCUCGGCCGGCACUCACCUCACCACGUCGGCGGCAGACUGCGUCGACCCCGCGGCUGUUCUCACCUAUCCAACAAGCAGCUGCAGGAAGCCGGCGUCGUCUGGCACCGAGUCUCGGAGCGACUCCUCUGAUGAAGAAGAAAUAGAUGUUGUCACUGUGGAGAGUAAACACAACCAGGCCCGACUAGCAAGUGUCCGUAAACCAGUGACCAUCACAGUUCGUGCAGACCCUUGUCCGAAACGCUUCCAUGCAUCCGUACACCGGCAGCAGCACAACUACGCCGCACGCUCCCCGGACAGUGGGCCAGAACCCGACGAGGAUGACGAGGAUGACGAUGAUGAUGAGGAUGAGGAGGAGCUCCAAAGCAAACGUAUGUGUUCAACAUCCAGUCAGCCCACCUCUCUGUCAGGAAGCCCCCUGAACUCUGACACGGAGGACACAGACCGCAGGAGGAACCACAACUACCUGGAGAGAAAGAGGAGGAAUGAUUUGAGGUACAGGUUCCUUGCUCUACGGGAUCAGAUCCCGGGUCUGGAGUCGGCCAAGACCCCUAAGGUGGCCAUCCUGACCCAGGCCACGGAGUACCUCACAGAGCUGCAUGCCAGAGAGAAGCGACAGCUGCAGGAGCGCAAACGCCUCAAAGCUCGACAACAGCAUCUCCUUCGCAGGUUAUCUGCAUUGAAGCGGUCUUGAAACUUCCAAAGAGACUUUUAAAGCCACCAUUUUUUAUAUGACAACAGGCCUCAUGCAAGCAGUUUGGAAUACUCUCAUUUAGCAGUGGACUUCGGUGGACUUGAACCUGUCAUUGAUUGACAGGAGGGCUGUUAGAUCUUAGUACUGUGUGUGGUUUAUAUCCUGUUUUUUUGCACAGUUGUAAAAAGCGAGAGUAACACAACAGAUGUUUGUAGCUACGACCGAGAUAUUUCUGGCAUGUUGUGUUUGGAGCUGAGAGAAUCUAAUGUGUGAGACUUGUGUGGAAGUGGGCCGAGAUGACUUCAUUCCAUCAUUGCACAUUCAUAUUGGAGUGGAGUGUAAACAAGCCUUGUGUGAGAGCUGGUUGGUUUGUUUGUUUGUUUUGUGCGGCUGUUCAUAUUUCUCUGUAAAUAAUAGCUUAUUUCUCCUGGUUGGAGGAGCAAAAAAAAAAAAAAAUCAAGGGUCAUCACAAAGCUUUGCUCUUUUGUGUAAUUUGCCACCAGGCAUUGAGGAGCCUCUAUUUUGUUAAGAAAAAGUGGAAAAAAGCAAAAAAAACAUUUAAAAGUAGCACUGCUGUACUUUAUACACACAUGUCACUUUGUCAUCUCUUGAUUUUGUUUGAUUCUAAAGCAUGCUCAUCCAACAGCAACAUUAAAUUUUUAUACCAUAUUUGCAAACAACCAUGAAGUAUUUUGUCUUCUUUCACGUGGUAGACAUUUUUGUCAAAAGAAGUAUCCCACAUCUAAAUCUAAGACAGAUGAAGAAGCUGCUUCUCCUAUCAGCUGUAAGAUAGAUCCUAGAAAGACAAAUGGCACCAACCAGUUGGUUUCCCGCCUCUAAGUGGUUGUGCAGUGUGGGUUUGUGUAAAAGAAGAGCGUCACGUUGGCCAGCUGCUGGCCAGCACAAGGUUAGACGGAGCUCGUCCUUGAGACUUGCCCUUGACAAGCAUACACAUGAUAUUGCCGAGGAUCCUCCUCUCUGCAGUGGCUGGUGCAUGCUGGGCACUUCAUGUUCUCUCAUCUAAGUGGUUACACGCGCACACGCAUCCAUAUUGCACUUUCAGUAUCUUUAGAACAGUCCCGUGUGUGGCAAUGAUGUGGACCUCAAAUUUUAUCCGUCACCAUACUACACAGAGCACACACGUCUCCUCGAAAGUGGCCUGUUAAAAUACCUACUAGAAUUUUAUAUUAUUGAACCGGGUGUCUUUUUUUUCUUCUUUGUUUUACUGCCUUUUAUUAGAUGCUUUGUCUAUUAGAUGGUGACCUGUUGGGGGCUUUGCAUGCUUGUCGCUGUUUAAUGAGCCAACUUAUG